AUGAGAGAAGUUGCGCUGCCGUCGUCCUGCUGCUCCCACCUGGAGCCUCCGUGCGCCCAGUUUGCCUCUUGGCUGGUGAUGGACACUGACAGAUCUGUGCAGGACUCCCAGGAUGGACUUGGCAUGGCAUCUGCAGUGGACUCACAUGCUGAAAUUAGAUUUGUUGAGGAUAUUAUUGAUCCAGAGAACAGCCACACUGACUCUCACACAGACAUUACUUACCGUGAAAGCACAUGUGACACUGGGUACCUGAGACAAAGCCCCAUUGCUGAAGCAAGCCAGUCCUCAGAGAGAUGGACAGAACACACCGUGACAGAAGCGGACCAGGCGGACAUGGACAGGCUGGGGCAGCGUUUCGACCAGAGUAUCCAGCAAGUGUCCCGUCUAGAGACAAAGAGGGACGAGCUGAUACAAGAACUUCUCCAGCUGCACCAGCCCAUGCUGCGAGUUGUGGAUCACUUGAGAGGCACGCUAGGGCAGGCACGGAGACGGCUCACCCUGGUGCAGCUGGAUUAUAUCGCUGUGCAUGAGGAUGUGCAACAGGUGAAGAAGAAGCUGUUUGCCACAGCGAGAGACUGCAUCGAGAGCCAGGUGAUGCUCACUGCACAGGAGUAUGAGGUGGCUCAGUUUGCUGUCACACAGGAGGAGCUCAAGGCCCAUAUCCUCAGUCUGACCGAGGAGCUGUCCCAGCUUCAGGAGGACCACCAGAACCAGCUCAACACCUUGAAGGACCAGGCCCACAAGCUCAGCCGGCCCAGGGCCAUGAGCGACGUCAGCCACUGUCGCCGGGCCUCUCUCAGUCUGCAGCGGCGGCUCAGCGGCAGCAUGAAGGUGCUGGAGGGUUGGUACGAGCCUCGGCUCAUGGCCUUGCUGAAGAGGAGGCAGAUAGGGGAGGACGCUUUGAGGAAGAGCAGGGAGCAAGGGCAGGACCUGAGGGCCCGCCUGAGACCCCUGAGAGAGGACAUCCAGAAGCUGGAGCUGCAGAGAGCCUGUCUGGAGGAGAGACUCGCCCUGAUGGAGAGGGACAGGCAGGAGAAAGCUGCACAGCACAAGGAGACUGUGGAGACACUGGAGGAGACCAUGAGAGAACUGAAAAUGGAGUUUCAGAUUCAAAGAAAAUCUAAGAAAGAUUUGGAAGAACUUAAAGACGGCCUUUUAAGAGAGCUGGACUUUCUCAGAGGCUGUGAUGAAUCCAGAGAGGCCACAGCAGAAGAGGAUCACUAA